AUGGCGAAUCGCAGAGCUUUGCACUUCGUGUUCAAAGUGGGAAACCGCUUCGAGACGGCGCGUUUCUAUCGCGAUGUCCUGGGGAUGAAGAUUCUCCGGCAUGAGGAAUUUGAGGACGGCUGCAAAGCUGCCUGUAAUGGGCCUUACGAUGGGAAGUGGAGUAAAACAAUGGUGGGGUAUGGGCCUGAGGGUGAUCACUUUGUCACGGAACUGACUUACAACUACGGCAUCGGCAGCUACCAGCUUGGCAAUGACUUCCUGGGUAUCACGGUGGCUUCCAGCCAAGCUGUCAGCAACGCUAGGAAGCUGAAGUGGCCGCUCAAUGAAAUGGGAGACGGUGUGUUUGAAACCAAAGCCCCCGGAGGAUAUAAGUUCUAUUUGCAGAACUGCAGUCCACCUCAGUCAGAUCCUGUAUUAAAAGUAACUCUAGCAGUGUCUGAUCUUCAGAAAUCUUUGAACUACUGGUCUAACCUACUGGGAAUGAAAAUUUAUGAAAAAGAUGAGAAGGAGCAGAGGGCUUUGCUGGGCUAUGCUGAUAACCAGUGUAAGCUGGAGCUGCAGGCCAUUCCAGGGAAAGUUGAUCAUGCAACAGGUUUUGGACGCAUUGCCUUUUCUUGCCCUCAGGAAGAGUUGUCAGACUUAGAAGACUUGAUGAAAAGGGAAAACCAGAAGAUUCUGACUCCCCUGGUGAGUCUGGACACUCCAGGGAAGGCGACCGUGCAAGUGAUCAUUUUGGCCGACCCUGAUGGACAUGAAAUUUGCUUUGUGGGGGAUGAAGCAUUUCGAGAACUCUCAAAGGUGGAUCCAGAGGGAAACAAAUUAUUGGAUGACGCCAUUGCAGGAGAUAAAAGUGAUGAAUGGUUUGCUGCACAAAAGAAACCCAAGGCUACAGGUUAA